GUGCGAGUACGAGAGUACGAGCCAAGUGAGUGAAGUGUACAACACCCGCUAGCCCCUUCGGGGGCUUAUCUGGCUCGUGCACACUACGCCAGCUCCGACAAGGAGAGAUUAUCUCCAAACAAGAAAUGUCAGCUUCUCCUUUGAGUUACGCGAUUAUUCCGAUUCCGAGUUCAACGGUUUUUCUGCGGCUAUGCGUGCUCGCGAUAUCAAAACACCCAUCCAGUCCCGCUUCACCGCCGACGUCACUUCGACAUCGGGCAGGUCGAAACCCCUUGUCUACAGGCUCCCCUGUGUCAGACAUCCAAUGGUUUCUAAGGUCGGUCGUUUGCAAUUGUACUCCCUUCGCCGACAGAUUUUGAGACGACUAAGGGUACAACAGGAGCGGCCGGGACCGGGUUAUGGUGUAACGUUCCGCUGGCCGUGGGGCCAUGACCAGUUCCUCUAUCUUGUAGGCUCGCGCAAAAUAACGGAAUUCUUAAAACUUCAACUUAACUGUGUACUGGCAUCAACCUUGAGAUUUUGUGCAACGUCAAACUCUACAGUCAUUUGCACCAAGGUCGGCCCCCCUCGAGAAUGUUCAAAAUGUACUUGGAGAGAGACUGAGAGCGGCUCGAGCCAAAGAGCAAUAAUGAAGUCCUAGACCUUAAUGAUAUCACGGAUCUCAUAAAUGACACUGACCACUAAUAAGAAGUUGAUUGUGCACUGUUCAUCUUCGGGGCACUUUGUCUUGACUCAGUUCAAUGGUUGAAUGUUCUGAACGGGAAUACCUUAUGUGCAGUCAUAUACUGGCCUGACUGCUCUGUAUGUUACCAACUCUUCC